CUCCGAUCUGGCACCGAAACGUCUGCAAAUGCACAGCGAUAUCAGCCAAGAUGUGUAUUUUGCGCGCUUGCGGCGUGCGCUACUUGCAGUCCAGCAAGGGGGUUGGUUACAAGGCAGGAAAUCUUGCGGCAUGAGGUGGCUGCGCGGGGCCCAGGCCCCUCGUUGGGUCCGGUACCCCACAACGAUUCGGUGUCCCGUCACCAUCCUCUGGCGACGAAUAUAUAAACGCCGAGCCUUGCUGCCCCUCUUCCCCCAGAAUCAUUUUGCCUCAUCCUCUCUGUAGCUGCUGGACAGUCUACGAGCCCUCAACUUCACACAUCGCGGAACCAAGUUGAUCCCCUCCCAUACCCCAUUUCACGAACCCACCCGCACAUCGCAAUCCAACACAACCGCUCGCUGAAAACAUGAGCGGCAAACUUCAUGAAGCCGUCCCGGUGGCAACCACCGCCACACAUGUUCACUCCUCAAAAUCGUACGCAUCCCGCCUGCCAGUACCUCUUCAAAGGAUCUUUUUCGUCAAAGAUAUCGAUGUCAUGCACGCGCAGAUGGCUACCGUCCAGUAUAAGAAGACGCUUACCGCUCUGGAUCUGACCCUCCUUGGUGUUGGUGCCAUCAUCGGUGCUGGAAUCUUUGUCUUGACUGGAGUAGCAGCGGCCAAGCAUGCCGGACCGGCAUUGAUUAUCUCGUUCAUCAUCGCUGGUGUCGUUUGUGCCUUGGCCUCCCUGUGCUAUGCUGAGAUGGGAUCGAUGAUCCCAGCGUCCGGGUCGGCUUACUCUUUCACAUACGCCGGGCUGGGUGAGGGUCUCGCUUGGAUUUGCGGAUGGGAUCUCAUGCUCGAAUACAUGGUCGGAGCAGCCACGGUCGCCGUCGGAUGGUCCCACUACCUCAAAAACUUCAUCAUUCAGGUCGCGGGUGAAGGCUCGUACGACGACAGAUUCUUCAACGCACCCUUCAAGUGGUACGAGGUCGGAGAAACCAAACAGGGCGUUGAGCUGACAUCUGCCCAGUUCGGACUGAAGUACUUCAGAUGCGGAGGAACUUUAGAAGCCCCCGAAUGGUGCAACUCGUACGUCGAUUUGCCUGCAAUUGCCAUCGUCAUCCUCGUCACCGCCCUUCUCGUCGUCGGCAUCCGGUCCUCUGCACGCGUCAACGCUGGCCUCGUAGCAUUGAAAGUGACCGUCGUCAUCAUGUUCAUCUUCGCCGGUCUGAAGUUCAUCAAGAACGAGAACUACCAACCCUUCAUCCCGGAGAACGAAGGUGAAAAGAAGUACGGUGUUUCGGGUAUCUUUGCCGGGGCCGUCACGGUUUUCUUCGCCUACAUCGGCUUCGACGCUGUCUCCACAACCGCCCAAGAAGCCAAGAACCCGCAGCGCGACCUGCCCAUUGGAAUCAUCGGUUCUCUCACCAUCUGCACCGCUUUGUAUGUCGCCGUCUCGGCCGUUUUGUCUGGGCUCCUGCCUCUCUCUCGGAUCGCUGAAGAAGAUGUCAUGAACGCCCCUGUCGCUCAAGCGCUUUACAUCGCUGCCCAAGGCCAGGGUGUCAACUUGAAGUGGUUGACAAUCAUCAUCACCAUCGCCGCGAUCGCCGGACUUUCGUCUGUCAUCCUCGUCAUGUUAAUGGGUCAACCCCGUAUCUUCGCGGCCAUGGCUGCCGAUGGCUUGUUGCCGUCAGUUUUCGCCAAGAUCCACCCUAAGUUCGGCACUCCUUACAUCACUACCAUCACCACGGGCUUCAUUACCUUGCUUUUCGCGGGGUUGUUGCCUGUCGACAUUCUCGGAAAUCUGACAUCCGUCGGAACGUUGAUGGCGUUCUUCUUCGUUUCGCUCUCCUGUUUGGUCUUGAAGAUCAGGGACCCUCAUCGUCACCGUCCUUUCGCCAUCCCUGGGGGAAAGAUCGGAGGGAUUAUCAUCCCAGUCUUGUCCAUGGCGGCCGUCAUUGUUCUCCUGAGCCAGACAAGUACCGCCUCGAUUGCCCGUGUAUUCAUCUGGAUGGCUUUGGGUGUGGUCAUCUACUUGGCAUACGGUUACCGCCACUCCAAGGCCCGGUUCGACCCUGCGCGGACUCUUCACCAUAUUGACGGUUGAGGCGUUUGGCAAUUUCCCUUCCCUUCUUUGGGAACUGCGUUUGCCGUACCUUUGUAAUUGUCAGUUUCUUUUGUACGAAGUUUCUGGGAAACUUCCUUUAUAAUCAGAGAAACGCCGGAUACUUGCUGCACUCCGCAUGACCUUCAACUUUUGCGCUCGCGCUGGCCUCUUUGAUAUCUAGUGGGUUGGAUAUCUUGUUUAUCUGGGUAUGCGAUAUCCGUUCUCAGAGCGCCUAUGCUGCUUGGGUUCUGCUGCGAAGAAUGGUCGGAAUUCUGAA